GUUGAUCUGGGUCCGGGCAACAGUCCGAUAAAAGGAACCAUCAAGCCAGCCCGGCCCAAUGUAACAGCCAUCAAUUGCAACUACCGACCACCGUUCGGAGCUUGACACAAUAACGAAUCGAGGAGAGUAAUCACGAGCAUCAGCCGAUAUCAUGCCUCCUCCGAAACGAAAGCGUGCAAGCCAUGCGCCCGACCAUGACAACAAUGCACGCAACAAGCGAUUCGCCUACCUCAAGCCUCAAGUCAGGCAGGUCUCCGAGAGGACGAUCAAGAGCAAAUGGUCGACACUCCCCGAACCCGUUCAGGACAAAGUUCGCGAUAUGUUCCGAGCCCUCGAGCGACCUGUCAUCAUGCGACAGCAGAAUGAGAGCAAGCGCAUCGAAGCGCAGGCAGCCGUGCAAGCCGUUGUAAAGAAUCUGGCAAAACGACUGCCGCGGAUGCCGUUCCCCCCCAUUGCGAAAGACUCCGUCUUCGAGUAUGAAGCAGCUCUCAAAGAACAUUGCUCAUUAGAGGCUGCGUUAGCUACGACGAAUGAUAGUAUCGAUUUGUUGAAGAUUGAGGUAGAGAAGGAGGAGGCGCUACUUGAGAAAGAGAGAAAACAACUCCAGGAAAUGGAGAGGAACGCAAAGGGUGUUGAAUCAGAAAGGAAGAGACAGAUGAAGAAUGAGCACCCGGUGCUACGGCAGCUGAGCAACGUUCCUGAAGAGCAUGAUCAAACCAAGGGCGGGUUUACCAUCGCAAAUGAAAAAGAGACAAACGUUAUGUUUGACGAGCUUGAGGCCGAUCCAGAGAUUCUUGGUCUACUGAAACAGUUGAACGGCCAUCUCAAGUCGAUGCAGAAUAACACGGCACCAGUGACUGGCUUGAGAGAUGCAGUUGCAAGAUCUCAAGCCGCGCUGAGCUUAACUUUUAUGCCCGAAGACUGAAGCAGUUUUGAGAACCCAAGCUUAACUUCCCUACGUGCAGCUUAUGCUGCUCAUACCACGGCUGAUCAUCUGAAGACAGCACAGCGAAGACUGUAGCCCAUUACGGACCAGGGGGCAUCGGAACACCAAGGCAGUGAUCAGGCGAUCUGAAAUCUAAGAUGUGCCCCAACGGCACGAUCAAAGGGCGUGUUUGCGUGGGCUGACGCAAGUAACCCGCAUGCAUGCCCUUCGUGCGAAAGCGCCGGCUGUCUAAUUAGAUGCUUCGCAUAUGCUUACAUUCCACAUUCAUGCCAGACACAGAUCAUAUCGAGUCUUCCAUACCUGGGUCGGUGGAAAUUACUCGAGUAACGCUUGAUGGAGGUAUGUGUUUUAUAACUGGGGCGCAACAGAACAAUGAGUCAUGGAAGGCAUUGCGGGCUUAACCUUGCCAAGUGCAAUCGAAAUCUUUGCUAGUUGAACUAAUUGACAUAGAC